AUGGAAUCCUAUUUCGCCCAGUCCAAACUUCUUUGGUCGCCAAUCCAGCCGAGGACAGCAUUCGUCGAAGUGCUUCGAAGAGAGAUAAACAGAAAGCAUGGUUUGAAUCUCAAAACCUAUCACGAUCUUCACAAAUACUCCAUUGAAGAUUACACUUUCUGGCUGGACCUCUGGCAUUUCCUUGGAAUCAUCUCCUCUGUUCCUCCGAGCAAGGAUGCAAUCUUGGAACCAGGAAAAUAUCCAGAAAUACCCAACUGGUUCCCAACGGCACGACUCAACUACGCGGAGAAUCUGCUGUACAGGAAGGACGACGCGAUCGCGCUCACGGGAGCAGGCGAAUCCGGAGCUUUGAUACAUAUAUCGUUCAGGGAGCUGAAUGAGCGUGUUCGUGCCAUGUCCACAGCGCUGCGGGUUAAUGGGUUGCAAGUAGGUGACCGUGUUGCCGCGAUUGUAACCAAUUCUGUCAACGCUGUUGUCGUGGCCAUCGCGACUGCUGCUGUCGGAGGAAUAUUCUCAAGCACUGCAACGGACAUGGGAACCCAGGGCAUUCUGGAUAGAUAUCGUCAAAUUCAACCGAAGUUCAUAUUUGCUGAAACCGAAACUUUGUAUGCCGGAAAGAUCAUCAACCUUCUUCCCAAAGUGGCUGAAGUUGUUGGCGACCUAUCCACACAAGGCUUACAACAAGCUAUCUUGCUACCAAGUCGGAUUUCAGGCAAGGAGCUCCGAAUCCCAAAUAUGUCGAAAAGUACGACUCUUGCCUCGUUCUUGAAAGCAGAUGACAAAAGCCCUAUGAAAUUCGAGCAAUUACCUUUCGGCCAACCCCUCUACAUCCUUUAUAGCUCUGGAACAUCCGGAAAGCCCAAGUGUAUCAUACACUCAGCGGGUGGUGUACUUCUGAAUACCAAGAAAUGUGUUAAAGUAGGCUACAAUUUAUCUUCAGAAGAUACCUAUUUCCAAUACACGACGACUGGCUGGAUGAUGUGGACCUUUAUGCUGACUGGUUUGGCAUGCGGUUCUCGAAUCAUACUAUACGAUGGCUCGCCGUUCCAUCCGAGUGUGGAAACAUAUCUAAAAUUUAUCAGUGACCAAGGUGUAACUACUCUGGGCACAAGUCCUCGGUUCUUAUCUGAGGUGCAAGGACGAGGAAUCAAGCCUCUGGAAUUAGGAUCCUUUGAGUCUCUAAGAACAAUGGGUGUUACAGGUGCUAUUUUUACUCCUCCAAUGUUUGAGUGGACGCAAGAGGCAUUCGGGAAACACGUGCAUCUCGUCUCAACUAGUGGGGGUACAGAUAUCUGCAGUUCAUUUGUGACUGGGACUCCUAGCGAACCUGUUUAUAGCGGAGAGAUUCAGGUGAAAGACCUUGGCAUGAAGGUCGAGGUAUUCGAUCCAUCUGGACAGAACAUUGAGCAUACCGGCCUUCCUGGUGAACUUGUUUGCACUCGACCUCAUCCAUCAUUGCCUCUGGGAUUCUGGGGUGAUGAAUCUGGCCAAAAAUUGAGGGAUGCCUAUUUCAACAUGUAUCCAGGGGUCUGGAGACAAGGGGACUUUAUUGUGGUUAACCCUGAAACGAAGGGAUUGAUGAUCUUGGGUAGAAGUGAUGGUGUCCUCAAUCCAAGUGGCGUACGUUUUGGCUCAGGGGAGAUCUAUACGAUCAUGGAGCAAUUCUCCACUCAUGUCGAUGAUUCUUUAUGCAUCGGUCAGCGCCGCCAACAUGACAAAGACGAGCGUGUUCUGCUCUUCUUGAAAAUGCGUCCAGGGUGCAAAUUCACUCCCGAAUUUGAAGCUUCGAUCAAACAAGCGAUCAGAAAAGGACUCAGUGCUCGCCAUGUCCCCGCCUACAUCUUUGAAGUGACUGAUAUACCCUAUACUGUCAAUGGGAAGAAGAUCGAAAUUGCAGUCAAGCAGAUUGUUUCUGGGUCGAAUCUACAACCGAGUGGAACGGUUGCCAAUCCAGAGUCGCUUCAACUAUAUUACAAAUACAGAGACAUAGAGUCGGUGGUAGGAGCUGUCAAGGCCAAGCUGUAA